AAGGCAUUGUAACGUCAUUAGCGAUGUGCAAAGGCAAACUUUUUAAAUGUUUUAUUAGAAGUUUAGUAAUAAAUUAGGUGGUUUUGUGUGGUGAAAUGCACGAACAAACUUGCUUGCAAUGUAACAAAGUGAUAUCGGGACCGUCUAAUAGGUUAAUUAAAGAUUCCUGCGGCCAUGAGAAGUGCAGAAUAUGUCUUCUCGAAGACGAAAACGACUGUAAACAAUGCCAAAAUAAACGAACUUUAGAAGAAACGAUCGUAUCGAAUAAUAGUGAUAGAAACGGCGAUUUGAAUUCUGAUAUUAUAUCCAGCAACCACACUGGUGUUAUUCAAAUUAACGGAAACGUACCAGUACCAAGUACAUCAAACCUUAACGGCGAUAUCAAGCACAAUAAUACAAUUAAACCUAUCGAGAGUACUCCCAUCAGAAGCGUAGAAAAUUUCGCUAACGACGUCGAUAAACCUCAAAGCGUGAGGAGACCGUACAGUUCCAUUACCAUUCCCAAACAUGUAACGAAAGUAUCCGACCCGCCUUCCUACCAUUGCACCAUUUGCAACAAAACCUUCAUUACUAAAACCCACGUUAAAUACCACCUAUACUGCGCGGGGGGCUCCAAGCCGUUCAAAUGCGACGUUUGCGGCAAGGGAUUCAUCCUGAGAUCUCAACUGGACGUCCAUUCGUACAAACACAAAUCGGUCAAACCGUACGCGUGCCAGAUUUGCAGGAAAUCGUUCAACGAGCGCAGCAAACUGACCCGACACUCGGCCGUACACACCUCCGUCAAGAGCCACGUUUGCUCGAUUUGCGGCAACGCUUAUCGCAGCAAGGAAAGCCUCCGCAUACACAGCAUCAUACACAGGAGCGAGAAGCCGUACGGCUGUAAAUUGUGCGACGCCAAGUUCAGCAAUCAGAGCAAUUUGAAUAAGCACGGAACCGUGCACAAGAAAGAAAGGACUCAUAUGUGUGAUUUGUGCGGUAAAAGGUAUAAGCAAAAGUGGGCUUUGACGGUACACAAAAGUUCGCAUAUCAAAGGUAAAUCGUUCGAGUGUAACGUUUGCUUGAAGAAAUUUACGUACAGCAAAGAUCUCCAUCGGCACAAUCAAAUCCAUAUUGAAACUGAGCAAUACGAAUGCAGCAUUUGUUCAACUGUAUUCCGUCGAAGAGACAAUCUGAGGCGACACAUGAAAAAUACGCAUCCCGGCAAAAAGGGGCGAAUCAUAAAGACCGCACCGGCGUCGUCCGUUCCACCACGGUCGUCGGUCGAUCGAUCGAUCGUCGACAAAACGCUCACGCAAAUCGAUUUCGAUAGGCCGGUCGACAAUCCGAACGCCAUUAAAGUGAUAACGAGCGCCGCGCCGGCCUUCCCUUCGCCCAGUAACGGCGGUCGUGGCGCGGCCGACGCCGAACCGGUUUCUCUUCCUUCUGCUGUUAAAUCUGAUUGCAGGAACGACGCCGGCGACGGCGACGGAUGUAGCGGCAACGUCGCGCCGACGAGCAACGUCGUCAACGGUCCGUUCAAGCUCGCAUUUAAAACGCCGGCUUUUAAGAGCAACUACAAUAUUAACGGAGAUUUCGGCAAUCUGUCACCCGUCGCUCAACUACAAAACGGCUACAACAUGGCGGAAUCCGUAGAAAUCUGCCAGAAGAUCAUGUCGACCGAUACGUCGCUUCCGACGCGCAACGUCAUUGUCAAAGCGGCGCCGCCUGCGACGGGCGAUAACUUCCGGAAGCAAACGUUGGACGUCAACGCGAACGCGUCCAGUAGGCCGUUGUUGUACGAGACGUCGUUUCAGAACAACAAGCACGCCAUGAUAAAGAACAUCAAAUUCAAGGUGCCGAUCGAAUAUACGAAUCAAUUUAGUAAAGGGGGUUCGAAUGGCGGCGACAGGCCAGCUAGCGUUAUUGUUAACAUGAGCAACUUGGAAUCGGGGGAAUCGGGGAAUUUGUAUUGGAGGAGGAGAACGUCGCAAAAUUUAACGAUGAGAAAUUGAUUGAAGACUGUUUUGAUUUUCUAAGACUGUGGUAUAUGAAAUAUAAAUAAUUAUAAUUUUUAAGUUUUCUAAGGUCUUUUUGAAUUAAAUGUUAAAUUUGAAGUUUUG